AACUCAAGAAUGAGAACUACAGGAAGUGAAACAUCAACACAAGUCUCCGUAACGUGAGAGGAAGAUGGAAGAAUCACAGUUUGAGGAUGUUUUAGAUGACUGGUUCAUCGAGUCUCUGAAAACGUACAAAGACCUGCAUGUGUAUCAGCUGGAACAUCCCACACAGGUCAUCGAGUGGACGUCGGGGAAAACCGUGUGCGUCGCCGGAUACGCUCCGUCUCACAACGAGAUCCUGGAGCUGCGUUUACCUCUGAAACUGUUUGCUGAUGAAAAUAAGGGCCUCUGUGCAGAACGGGAUUUUAAAGUCUCUCACGGCGGUUUCACAGACGGUCCUGUUCGCUGCCUCAAACACGUCCCAGGAACGAGGUGUGUUGUCACCAACGACGGGCGGAGCUCAGACCUGCAGCUGUGGGACCUCGGAGGAGACGACAGCGACGUGAUCAGGAAAACAGGAAGUAUCGAGGGGAGUCGGAGCGCGUCAGAGAGCGGCAGCAGGAUCGCAGCUCGACUCUCGUCCCCGCCUCGAGUUCUCCACGGAGCUCGGAGCAGCGACGUCCGACUGAGCGAGCUGACCUCAGGACGGACUCUGUACACGCUCGAGGCCGACUCAGCGGAUCCUCUGACGUCUUUACAGUUUGUGAGUGACAGCGUCUUCCUCGCCGGCUGCUGUAACGGGAGCGUUUACGUCGCUGACACUCGGACGCCCGACGCUCCUCAGCUUUCACCUCCGCCGGCGUCCUCAGCGUCAUCGGCCCUCUGGUGGACGGACGCCUCUGAGGGUCUGUCCACCUGCAGGCUCGUCAGACUCUCCUCGUCUGGUCAGGCUGUGAUGUCAGAUCUGAGGAAGCUGGGUGGAGCGGUGAGUCAGGCUCAGCUGGAGGUCCAAUCACGUCGCUGCGACCUGGGUGAUGUCACGGUGUCAUGGGCUCCGGCACUGGACGACUGUGUCGCAGUGUCAGGUUUCAGCGGAGUCGUUCAGAUCUUCGACACGUCGCUCUGGAGGUCGGAGCUGCAGGAAGCUCGGCCGCUGUUCGUGCAUCGCGGUCACACGGUUUCAUCUCCGCCUGAAGACGGCGUCCCCGUCCUCGUCACCCACCACGUCUGGCAUCCUGAGCUGCCGAGGACGCUGCUGUCUGCCGCCUCAGACGGCUCCGUGCACGUGUGGGACUGGGUCGACCAAUCGGCAGCCAGCAGCUGAUGUUCUGUUUCAAAGUGUAUUAAAAGACAAAUCAAUAAAAAGUG